AGAUGGCGGCGCUCAUGACGCGGCACGACUUCCUGCUCGACGGAGAGGGGAUGAUGACCGCAUCUUGCUCCGGCUUCUCACCUUUGAUGGCGCCCGCUCUCCCUCUCCUCGGCGACCAGCGCAAGAAGGUUGCGGAUUCGAUCUGCAUGAGAUCUACUCCCCUCCCCACGGUGAGAGCUUACGAGAUCGUAGCGUCGGAUUCGAUCUGCGUCGACCACCUGCUGGUGGCGCAACCAACGGGGGAUGAUGUUGGCAAGGGAUUAGCUGAGCUCAAGAUUGAGGAGGGCACAAGCGUGAAGCUGAGCGGGGAGGGAUUGCCUGUGCCGGUGUAUCGGUUCGAGAAGGCUGGUCUGGUGGAAAAAAUUGUGCAAAACAUGUUCAUGUCUGGGUUCAAGGCCCCGACGCCGGUGCAGCGCUAUUCCAUACCGUUGGCGCUGGCCGGAAGGGACCUGUUGGUCUGCGCGCAGAAGGGGUCCGGGAAGGUGGCCGCGUUAUGCAUCCCGGUGGCGAGUAUGCUGCUUAGCCGGACGCCUCCAGCAGGAGGACAAUACGGCAGACCACGCGCUCUCUUGCUCGUCCCUAACGAUAGAAUUGCAGAAGAGAUUGUUCGGGAUACUAGGAAACUCGUUUAUGAAACUGGAAUUAGAGUUGUUCAUUCAAGGAAGAAUCAGAAUUUCCAGAUACAUGAGCUCGAGGCUGGCGUUGAUAUUUUUGUUUCUACACCUGGACGCCUUGUUGACCUGCUUAUAUCUAAUGAAAUCACCCUGGAGGCAAUAGAGUACCUGGUCAUAUGCGACAUUGGUCGGCUGCUGGAUCUGGGGUGUGAAACGAAGUUAAGGGAGAUAUUUGGUCACACGUAUAUAGGAAAGCCACCCAGACAGACUUUACUUUCCAGUGAUACCUUUGAACCAGAAGUACAGAAUUUUGCUAGGAAUUUCCUGUCAGAUUACUUACUUAUUACUGAUGGGAUGCUGGAGUUCAAUAUCGGCCUAACUAGUCAGAAUAUUGAGCUUGUCUCUCAAGGCGAAAAAAGAGACUUCCUGCUAAAAGUUUUGCAGAAGCAAUCUUUCCAUUGUGCUGGCCGGGUGCACCAAAGUGCAACAUUAGUUUUCGUGGAGACAAAAGAAGAGGCUGAUUCAUUGAGUAAUUGGCUAAACAAUGAAAGUUUCUGUUCAACAGUUUCAACCGUGAUAUUUGGUGACUGCUCAGAGCAGGAGAUGAGCAGCGCAUUGGCAUCUGUCAUGUAUGGUUUCAAUCCUAUCCUGAUUGCUGGUGAUGCAACCUCACUAGACUUAGAUGUUGGAAGUUUUACUUAUGUGAUUAACUACGAUCUGCCAAAGUCUAUUGAGGAAUAUAUCGAAAGGAUUAGAAAAUUCCGGAGAGCUAGAAGGGUUGGGUCUAUCACUUCCUUCUUCACUGAGUCCAACCAGUACAUGGCAAAGGACUUGUGGGAAUUGAUGAUUGAGAUAAAGCUAGAAGUGCCAUCAUGGCUGGUGGACUAUGCUGAUCCUGACUAUUCUUGCAGAUUCAAGGAAUUGAAGUUACAAGAUGAAGAGAAUGAGAAGUACCGACAUGAUUUAGCUGGGUCUCUUCUCUCGCGCGAGAUUAAUACCAUCUAUGAUUUGGUAGAUGUUUAUGCUGAAUUAAAUUGCAAGAAUAAGAAAAAUUCGAGCUUCGAGGAUGAUAUCAAGCGCAUCUGUAGAGAUUGCUGUAUUGCAUUUGAGCAACAAGAAGAACACAAGCUCCUCAAGUUCAUGUUUGUCAAGCUUCUUCAGCAUUCUUUUAUCCCUGAAAAAUAUGGAAAAUCUUAUCGGCAUUACAAUUUCAUUGCCAAGAUCAAGGAAGAUGAAUCAGGAAUCUGGACUGAAGGGACAUACUUUGCUGAAAGCAAACUAGAAGGUGGUGUGCAGCAGUAUUUUUGCUGUUUGCUGGAGCAGUUCGACAAGGGUGAGUGCUACGGAUGUCAGAACGAGAAUGCUGUGAUUCAGCAUCCAACCACAGGUGACUAUCAGAGAGGAACGCCUGAUUAUGUGUGGCCUUUCAACUAUGGUGCUGAAAUUAGUGACAGCGAUGAUGCUGAAAUUAGUGACAGUGAUGAUGAUUUGAUGGACUUAUAUGUACUUGAUUAACUUGUAAUCCGUGUACCGAAACCAAGGUUUAAAAU